AUGGAUAUGACAUAUCCUGGUUCGCACAUUAUAAUGGUAAAAUCCCCACAAAAUGAGUUCAAUUAUGUGUAUAUAUCCUUGUAUGCCUUUAUAAAAGGGUUCGAUAAAUGUAGACCCAUUGUGGUUGUGGAUGGAAGCCACUUAAAAUCGUAUUACACUGGGACUUUCGUCUCGGCCAGCACUUUGGAUGGUGCAGGUCAUAUACUUCCACUAGCAUAUGGUGUUAUUGAUUCAGAGAACGAUGCUUCUUGGACGUGGUUCUUUGAGCAAUUCAAGGAAGCAUAUGGUGAGAGGGAAAGCAUGUGCAUCAUUUCAGAUAGGAAAAAAAGUAUCAUCAAGUCUGUAUCAAGAGUGUAUCCAACUGUACAACAUUUUGCUUGUAUAUGGCAUCUUUGGAACAACGUAUAUAAGAAAUUCAAAAAGAGUCAUUCAAAGUUGAGCGAGAUAUACUUCUCGAUGGCAAAAGCAUACACACAGGCUGAGUUUGACAGUCUAAUGGAGAAGGUGGAGAAGGUAGAUAUUAGGGUGAAGGAAUACUUGGAGUUAGCUGGAUACGAAAAGUGGGCUAGGUUGCAUGCACCUAUUAACAGGGGAUGGCCAAUGACGUCAAAUAUUGCUGAGUCAAUCAAUGCCGCACUUGUGUCAGCAAGGGAAUUGCCAAUAUACGACCUUCUCGAAGAAGUUAGGAAAAUGUUUGGAUGUUGGAAUUGCAACAAUCGGAAAGAAGCUCUACAGACAUACACAACGCUUGGGAAAAAAAUACCAGGAGAUGCUUACCUUGAAUGA